ACGUAUGAGAAAAUAUAGAUGACAUCUAAAAAACAAAUAUUGGACAAUCUUUUAUUAUAUGGACGGAAGAAGUAUCUAAUUAUUUUCUUUUUAACUCAUUGAUUAUAUUCAGGGCUUUUGCAACUUCCAACCUCGAACUCCUUACUUCAUACUCCCUCAUUCUUCCCACUUCUUGUACACUUUUGUUUCUCACCUUGAACCUUUAAUUUCUUAAUUUGUUUCUUGGUGGGGGAUUUAAUUUUCUUCUUAUUUAUUUUCCUUUUAUGUCUUUUUGAUUGUUACUACGUAAAUAGUUUUUGUUAAUUUGUUAGUUCGUAAAUAGUUCAUGCAAUAUAAUUGCUGUACGUCUUUUUUUUAUUUUUUUUUAUUUUUAUGGUAUCCUGAAUAAGAAAAAACUGUAAAGCAAGAAAAAACGGAGGAAAAUAAGGUUAAAGCAAAAUGUGUGUGAUAUAUCAAACUUGUUAUAAAUUUGUAUUGCUAAAAAAAACCAUCAAACUUUCACCCAACUCCAUUAAAUGAUCAGAAACUGUCAGUCUGAACUCUGAACUCUGAACUCACCACUUAUAUUUAUUAUAGUCAUCUCAUCUCAUCAACUUUCGACUCUUUAUAGGAAUAAUAUGCUUUUUCUGGUUUGAGCUACAUAAAUCAAAGUAAUAACACAAUUAUAUUGAGGUUGUACGUAAAAAUACGUACAGAUAAGAACACAAUGAAGAGUUUCUCAGUACAAGUUGGUAAUGGAAGGGAUGGACACGACGGCCGCCCGGCCGUGGGCCCCAUAUAUCGGAAUCUCCUCGCCAAGAAUAAAUUCCCACCACCGCAUCCUGAUUUAUCUACUGCUUGGGAUUCCUUCAGGCUAUCGGCUGAGAAGCAUCAAGGAAAUAAUAUGUUGGGUUGGCGUGAAAUGGUUAAUGGCAAGUGGGGGCCUUAUAUAUGGAAAACAUACAAGGAUGUCCAUGAUGAAGUUCUUCACAUUGGUUCUGCAUUAAGGGCAUGUGGAGCUCAUCCUGGUGCAAAGAUUGGAAUAUAUGGUGCUAAUUGUCCUCAAUGGAUUAUGGCUAUGGAGGCUUGUAAUGCUCACAGUUUGAUAUGUGUUCCUCUCUAUGAUACCUUAGGUCCUAAUGCUAUAAAUUACAUAAUCAAUCAUGCUGAGAUUGAUUUUGUUUUCGUUCAUCCCUUCAAGGUUAAUGAAUUACUCAACCCGGAUUGCUCCUCCACUACACGCCUAAAAUCAACAGUUUGUUUUACAUCAUUCACUGAGGAAGAAAACCAGAAAGCUAGUAAUGCAGGGAUAGAGGCAUACUCAUGGAAACAGUUCCUUCAAAUGGGCAAGGAAAAUCCAUCAGAAACUGUACCUCCACAACCGAUAAACAUCUGUACAAUAAUGUACACGAGUGGUACCAGUGGAGACCCGAAAGGUGUGGUUCUAACCCAUCAAAACAUGGCCAUGUUUAUAAGUGGGUUGGAUCUUUUCAUGGACCAAUUUGAAGACAAGAUGACAGUGGAUGAUGUGUAUCUAUCAUUCCUUCCCUUGGCUCAUAUAUUAGAUCGUGUUAUAGAAGAGUAUUUUUUUCAUAAGGGUGCUUCUGUUGGCUUCUUUCAUGGGAAUGUAAAAGAAAUCAGUGAAGAUCUAAUGGAGUUAAAGCCAACUUUUUUUGCUGGUGUACCUAAAGUUUUUGACCGUGUAUAUGAAGGCAUGUACUUAAUUAUACUUUGUCUUCUCUGUAAAGUUACCAAUGUACUUCUGCUAAUAGUGUGUUUAUCAGGCAUACAGAAGGCUAUUGAAGAUCUUAUUCCUAGGAGAAGGAAGAUUUUUCACCUUCUUUACAAAUACAAAUUAUUCUGGAUGAAUAGAGGAUACCUGCACAAGCAUGCAUCCCCUUUAGCCGAUUUCUUAGCUUUCAGGAAGGUAAAGAAUAAGUUAGGUGGUAGAGUUCGACUUAUGGUAUCUGGAGCUGCACCUUGGAGCGAAGAAGUUGAGGAGUUUUUACGUGUCACUUGCUGUUGCUUUGUUCUUCAAGGCUAUGGAUUGACAGAAACCUGUGGUUUAUCCACAAUUUGCUACCCUGAUGAAAUGUCUAUGGUAGGAGCUGUUGGUGUUCCAUCUGUAUACACAGAAUUACGCCUUGAAGAAGUUCCAGAAAUGGGUUACCACCCACUUUCUGACCCGCCACGUGGUGAAAUAUGUUUAAGGGGAAAAACACUGUUUUCAGGAUACUACAAAAACCCAGAAUUAACCACAGAAUCUAUCAAAGAUGGAUGGUUUCAUUCAGGUGACAUAGGAGAGAUUCUUCCUAAUGGAGCAAUAAAGAUCAUUGAUAGAAAGAAGAAUCUGAUAAAACUGUCACAAGGAGAGUAUGUCGCGCUUGAGUAUAUAGAGAAAGUAUACAGCAUUACUCCCAUUGUUGAAGAUAUUUGGGUGUAUGGAAACAGUUUCAAAUCGAUAUUGGUUGCUGUUGUGGUACCAAAUGAAGAAAACACCAAGAAAUGGGCUGAUCAAAAUGGAUAUAAAGGCAUGUUUACUGAAUUGUGCUCAUUUAAAGAACUCAGAACUCAUAUCCUAUCUGAACUUACAGUUGCUGGAGAAAGAAACAAGCUGAGAGGUUUUGAACAAGUAAAGGGAAUCGUUUUAGAACCUCAAACCUUUGAAGUAAUACCAGAAUUGCUGACACCAACCAUGAAGAAGAGAAGGGAUAAAAUGCUAAAACAUUAUCAGGCAGAAAUAGAUGAUUUGUACUGCACCUUGGCUAAAGGGAAAUGCUGAACAACAAUUGUGAAUAUGUUCUACUGUUUUUAUUUGAUAUUAGUAGUAUGUUAAGACUUAAGAGAAGUGUGCAAUCAUAUAUCUGAAUGUCUGUAUGAGAAUUGAACUGCGAAAAAGGCCGGGUAUUUUGUCCAGCUUCCUUUAAUUGAGGCCAUUGUUUGAAGAAAA